AUGUUGCAAGCGAUUUAUCCAUAUGAAGGUCCUUUCCCCGGAACCUUGAAGUUUUCUCAAGACGAAAUAUUUUUAGAUAUCCGGGAGGAAAACCAGUAUUGGCGUCUAGUUUCCAAAACUGAUGGAACUUUAGGAUGUGUCCCAACUAAUUUUGUUAGGAAAUUUGAGACUGAAGAUCAAAACUUCGUUCAGCAAUACGCUAUAAAGGCAUUAGAAAAUCUAACAUCUUGUUCGUCUAAGGAACUUCACGGAAAGGAAGACUUAUUAAAACGCUUGCUUCAAAUUGCGAAGGAAAAACCAAGCGAAGGUAAAAUACCUUGUGAAGAAUUUUCCGAGUUAAAAUUGAGUUCUCCUGAAAAGGAAGUAUCAGUAACUGGAACAGUUGGAUUAACACCUGAAAAACUUCCCAAACAAAGCACUAGUUUACCGAAGAAUUUUGAGUCCUGUUUAGUGGAUACAAUCAGACUUGGUACAAAUUGCUCGUAUGCAGAUUGUCGAUCUGUCUAUUGUGCGAUUAUUGAUUUGCUGUCCACAAUUCCGGAGCUAAAACAAAAUUUUAUGGACUAUAAUUCAGCAUCAGAUACGGUUAAGGCCGAACCGGAUUACUUACGAAGUCCUGAUUGGUAUCUCCUUAAAAUUAAACUUCGAUAUUUUGAAUCCAGACAGAAUAAUGAUCAAGAAUGCAAUUGGGGGUUACACGAAGAUAGAUGUGAUAUUGUUGAACGACUAGAUGAACUAAAUACUUUACUGGAAAAAGCUGAUCCAAAGUUAGUCUCUUGUUACAUAUCUUCGGUAAAGUUCCAACCAUUGCUCUCUCUUAUUGGUUUAUAUCAACGCGAAACCAAUAAUGAAAUAAGGUCUAAGCUCCUUAGAUCUAUCGGUAUUUUCUGUUCGCUCGAUUCAGCUUGUAUUAAAAUUUGUCUUCAAUCAGUCUUACCAAACGAGCUCGUUCGAGAGCUACGAGCAUCUUCACAUCGUGAAAUUCCAAAAAUUGCUUUGCGAUUACGAUUUCUAUCCAUAUUGAUAAGUCAAUCUCAAAGUCUUCCUGUUGACUUGCAUGGAUCACUUGAUCAAAAACUAUUUAGUCACCUGAUUGAAUUAUGCGAUACUACAAAACAACAGUCAAACUCAGUUGAUCUAGAAAAUCAUGCUGCUACUGAUAUAAUCCUAAUCGCAAAUGGAUUAGAUCCAUUUGAACAAAUAAACGGUGAAGAUUACUUGUUCCCUUAUUCAGUGGCGUUAUUUUUAUUAGCAUGCAAUUGGCACUUUCAUUCAGUUUAUAAGCUAAGUUCUUCGGAAAGUUCACCGAAUGCACCAGACAACAAAACACCAUUAUUAAAAGCAUUAUUAGCUAAACCCGUCUCAUCACGUUCAUUCCUUGAAAUAAUUAUUCAAACAUUUAAUCGUCAAUUGGAUCCAAUUCGUGUGGUGACUUUUCUACCAGAGAAUAAAGAUUACGAUUCAGCAAAUAGUUUAACACAAUGGACAAGCUUUGCUCGAUUUGAUGUUACUUGGACAGAUUCUUCAGAAAAAAAUCUAGAAGAUUUCCUUAAAAAGUUUGAAGCUAAUUCAUAUUCACGCAAAAACACUGACAAUGAUUUAGAAUAUAUUCAAAGUCUUUGGGUUCAUAAUGUAGGCCAAACAACUGAAUCAAACAGUAAACUUGUCUUGCCUAAUCAUGCAAGUUCAAAUACACCAAAUAAUAGUGUAAUCAAAUUUCUUUGCGAUCUAUUCUCGUACUCGGAUACAGGAGCUUUAAUUUAUCAAAACGAUUUAGAUGUAAUCAUUGAAGUGAUCAAUCGAAGGUUGCAAGAUGAAGAGCCAAAUUCUGAACAUCUGCCUCAUUUGUUUCUAUUGCUUAAUAUGAUAUGUAUCAAUGGAAAUAUUACGAAUAAAGGUUCUUUGAAAAUUCACAACACUAUGGAACUACUUUCAUCCAUUUCACAAUCAUCUUCCUUUAAUGCACGUUGCAAAUUAUUAGCCACUGCUGCAUACAAUCACUUAAAUUCUAUUCUUAGUUAA